AUGGAUCACACCCGUCAAGAAUCCGGAUCAAAUGCCCACAGUGUUACUGGCACGCCCACUAUCCAACAAACCAGUCGAGGAACCCAAACAGGCGCUGCAAUUACAACACAAGUUACAAGCACGGCACAGGUUGCAAAUAUAACACAAGUCGCAAUUACAGCACAGCUAGAAUCUUUUGAGCUUUUCGGAGAAUUGCCGCCCGAAUUGAAAACAAAGAUCUUGAACAUUGCCGCUCGGGAGGUUCCUCGUGUCGUCGAGAUGACACCGCAAGGAAACCAUCGAGGAUACACACCUGCGCUACUUGGAGUCAGUCGUAUGGUCCGCAAAGAGGCUUUGAAAGUUUACAAUACCUUGAGACCAGGAUCUCCACAGCCUGUCUACUUUAACCCGGACAAUGAUACCUUUAUAUUGAAUAUUGCAGUAACGUUAUCAACGGUUUUACCAAUAGCACCGCUUGUAUUAACACCAAUUACAUUACCACCACCUACAUCAAUUUCAUUUUCAUUAGGACCACCUACCCUAGAUAGAUUUACGGUUGUCGUGAUCCUUGACCCCAGUGAUGGGCCCGACUUCCAGGAACGGAUGGCUUCCAUAGGAGUUAAAUCGUUUGUAGUCAGGUUAGGAUAUUAA